GACACCGGAUAUUGAUGGACUUCCAUGUCUUGAAAGAAUGAUAUUAAGGCAUUGUUGGAGUUUAAAAGAGAUUCAUCCAUCAAUUGGAUAUCAUGAAAGGCUUAUUUUCUUGGCCAUGGACUAUUGUAUAAGCCUUGAACUGUUUCCACCCAUCUUCCAAAUGAAAAAGUUGGAGACUCAUGCUCUCUCUUUGCCGUAAUCUUCGUAAGUUCCCAGAGAUUCAAACCAGCAUGGACAACUUGGUAAAGCUUAGUUUGAGAGGAAGUGGGAUAGAAAUUGUACCCUCAUCAAUUGGACAAUACUGUAAAAACGUUGUUUCUCUUGAUUUGAGGUCAUGUAGAUAUCUGCAUAGUAUUGAAGGCAACUUCCAUCUCUUAAAACAUCUGCAAAUGCUUUAUCUUGACGGUUGUGAUCAACUUAAGAACAUGCCAACAGAAGGCCUCUUCAAUGCAGAAUGUUAUUUAAAUGUGCUUUCUUUAUCUUUGAACAAUCUUCAGCCAGGAGCAGUGAAUGGAUUUCUUGGUUUUCCACGUUCUUUAAGAAGGUUGAAUCUUGGAGGGUGCAAUUUGGUAGAUGAAGACAUCUCCUCUGUUUUUUGGGAGGAGUUAUCCAACCUACAAGUAUUAGACCUAAGUAAAAAUGCUUUUUCACGAUUGCCUUCUAGCCUCUCGCAACUUCCUCAUCUAAAAGUCAUCGACCUGUUUGGUUGCUAUAACCUUGUGGAAUUAACGGAUCUCCCAUCAAGCAUAUCUGUUCUCAUUGCAUGCGGGUGCACGUCUCUUAAAAUUGGAGAUUUUCCAACAAACCAUCAUAAAUGGUUGUGGAAAGUCACACUUUCAACAAGCAAUUGUAAUGGCGAGAGGGUAUUGCAAUCCAUGCUUCAGGGAAAUGCUAUUGAAGACUACUUUAUUAGUAUCCUAUUUGAAGAAUGUUAUGUUCCAAUAAGAGGCUUUGCGCUGGGAACAUUUACGUUACAACUUCCAUGGAAUUGGUACAAUGAAUUUAGUGGAUUCUUAGUAUACGUUGAUAAAGUUAACUGGUUGGGUGACGGACUAAUUGUUAUCAAGGAUGUAUUGGGUAGGGAAAAUGAAGAUGAUGCUUUAGAGGUGUCUAAUAAAACUGAGCAUGAAGAGGAAACUAUGAGAGCAGAGGCCAUUUGCUAUAUAUCCUUUGGUUCAUUGAGGAACACCUCAUGGUGGAAUUCAACCCACACCACCCUUUCACUUUCUUUUAGAAGUUGUGUUAAAUUAAAGGUUGAACUUGUCCCUAGGAGAAGUCAAGGUGAUGAUGAUUCAACAGGAAUAGAAAUAGGAAGGGCCAAAGAUGUAACAUACCUUCCAAAUUUUUGGGACGGGGAAUUUCUAAAUGAAAGAUCGUUUGAGAUCAUAAAUGAUUCAAAAUCUUCUAUUGAGAUUAGGUGGGCCAAUAGUAUUGGACGUCACCUGUUCGAUGAUAUCUAA